CGGUGAGAUGACGUCAUCACAAAUCAACACGUCACCGCGCUGCCGCGACGUCACCGGCGCGAGCCCCCACAAUCCCGUGCGCGAGCGAGCAUGGAGGGCGGCGUGGAGGGAAGGCAGCGAUGCCUCUCAGCGAUACAGUCGGAUGUGGACGACGACACGUGCGUCACGUUCGUGUUGAAUGGCGAGGACCACACUCUGGGCAACCCGCUGCGCUACAUGGUCAUGAAGAACCCUGACGUGGACUUCUGCGGUUAUAGCGUGACACAUCCGUCGGAGGAUAAAAUCAACUUUCGAAUUCAGACACGAGGGAUCCCAGCUGUCGAUACGUUCCGAAGGGGCUUGUGUGAACUGACGACAGUUUGUGAGCACAUACUUGCCGCGUUUGAGGCGAGUGUGAACACCUACAACACAAGUCACGGCAUUGCGGGCCCCAUGGAUCAGUCGUGAUAACAACGCGCAUUAAGCUGUUAUUGUGUCACGUGUAGUGUUGCCCUGUGUGUUCACAUCUACUUUUUCGUACGUUGUUGAAUUUGUUUCAAAAUAGAAUUUUUUUUGCAAGAACUUUUAAAAUGUUCUCCUAAAAUAAAGUACGAGCAAAGAUAUUUGUUAUUUUAGCAGAUGCUAUGCGAAGUUCAAAGCUAACCAUCGCCAACAGUUUUAUUCCAAACAUUUACAAAAUAAAAUCUUCUCCGUUUGAGGCUGGUUGACCCCCUCUAUACCAGUAACAUCUCACUCACAAUCUGUUAAGCACAAAUAUCUCUAUUAUAAACAUGUCAAAAUUAAAAUGACCAGUGUUUUCACUGCACAUCAGAUAUGGCAAAUGCAGUUAAAUUAGCACGUCAAUUUUUUCAUGCAGUUCCAGGAUAGCAAUAAAACAUCUUUGUCCGGUGUCCUUUUCCCAGUCACCUAACACUGAAUGAAGCUCUGUAAAACCUUCCUUUGGCACUUUAGCGUUGCGUGACUGUGGGGUCUUAAAUCAUGGGGAAACGAGUGAUGUUUGUAAGCACGUAAUUUACCUUCAAGGCCUAUUUAGCCAAGCCAGGACACAAACUGAAUGUGCUCUUAGUCUUUUUUUCAUGUCCUAGGGGUAAUUAAAGCUACAUAACGCAGCUACUUAGGAGUGUUCUGUUUGCAGCAUUGGCUGCAACUUCGCAAGAGAAUUUCAAAUAAAUGUUGAUAAUCUGGGUGAGUUUUGAGGCUUUAAUACUGACCUGCAAAAGCUUUUGUGAAAAAAAAAUGUUGAUGCAUUAUCCAUGGGCGUUCAGCAUUUCACUGACCGCAGUUGCAAAGAAUGAGGGUUCUGGUGCAGGACUUUUUUUUAAUUCGAACCAUUUUUCUUGGAUGACUCUGGUAUGUAGUGUGGCUGCUGUGCAGCUCAUUGUGAGACAAACAACUCCGCAUGUGAUGGUUAAUGACACCAAAGACCACUCUGUUGCGCUGCCAAGUCUGCAUGGGUGGCGACCGCGAGCGUCUGUGUGAGGUCCAAGCAGCCACUACAUGGCAGCAGGGCCCCAUCUUAUAGCCCGGGGAAAGAACCUGUAACUUAGAUGCAGUGUAAACAGCAAUAAAUAAAUAGCUUAAAUCAGCCAAAACUUAUUUGUUAAAUUGUGUCUUGUUGCCAAGUUGAUUUUUUUUGCGAUGUAGGCCUCCACUAGUAAUGGUCCCAUGUGAUCUAGUUCAACUUAUAAGACCAUUUUACUCCUCACCCGCACAACCUAAUCCCCUCGUUACCAACCAAUCGCCAGCAACCUUGUAGGUCAGAGCAGCCUCUUACCGUGCGAUUGUCUUUUGGUUUUUUAGCAGAUGACAUGGAAAUUGGAUUUCAGAUGAGUUUAAGCAGAGUUGGAAAACACGUGAUUUGCAUUUGAUUGAAAAGGACACAUGAAGGUGACCAGUGUUGAGAGAUGCCUCGAUGUUGCUCUGUCUGGAGCUCAGCGGGGGCUGCAGUGGGUAAAUGCUCAAUCUGGCCACCCUCCAGCAACGAUGGGCUUUGGGUCCUGAGCAGAUGGCAGCGUUCUAGCUAACGUGGACGAAAAGCAUUGCCACAUGGGGGAGCUGCGUUUCAUUUGUAAGGAAAACAUGAGUGAACGUAAUGAAGGCCUUACUUUUAUUGGCUGAUCAGCUUGCUCCUUGUCAAGUCAAGCAAGCUUGCUCGGUACACCACCAUGGAAUAAUAUUGAUAAGUUCCACGAGGCCGGCUUGCAAUUAAUGAAGCAUUGCGUCACAGUUUGCCUCCGGCUAACGCCUUUGAGGGUUUUUGUCUUGUGUGGACGUUCUGUCAAUGCUGACGCGGGUGCUGUAGUUGGACGCUGAUGGGUUGUGACAGUCGGAGGGGGGGGAUCCCAUGUCUUUCUCUGCUACUUUACGGCCAACUUUGGGCCUGAAUAAAUAUUUCCUCAAAUUGUACAGAUAA